AUCCAACUCCUUACUCCGUGACAGAAGGAGCACUGAUCAUUUUAACAUACUCGCUUUGAAGAUCUGCAGGCAAUCAUAUCAAUGGAUCUUUCAUGGCAGUUUUUUUCCUCUUCUUUAGUUACAGCGUUCCUUCUUACUCUUACCCUUGCUCAACAACAGCCUCCAUACCUAUACCACUAUUGUUCAGAGACAGAUGGUAACUUCACCAGAAACAGCACGUACGAGACAAACCUCAACCGCUUACUUUCGUCCUUCUCCCGCCGCACAGCACAUGAAAACGGCUUCUACAAUUUUUCAUCAGGUCAAGGCUCCAACAUAGCUAACGCAAUUGCACUUUGCAGAGGAGAUGUGAGCUCAAGUGAUUGCUUCAACUGCGUCAAUAACGCAAACACUGAGCUUAGAGAUCGCUGCCCUAACCAAAUAGAGGCAAGCAUAUGGUAUGACUAUUGCAUGUUCCGCUACACAAAUCACUCCAUCCUUGGUCGCGCGGAAACAGACCCUGCUUUCUUCAUUUGGUAUGGAGAUAAGGUAACGGAUGUAGACGCUUUUAAUCAGGCUUUGAGUUCUUUAUUGGAAAGCCUAAGAAAUAAAGCUUCAUCAGGGACUUCUCUUGGGAAGUUCGCAACAGGAAGUACACGAGUUUCACCUUUCCGAACAAUAUAUGCGCUUGCUCAAUGCACUCCUGAUUUGACACAGAAUGGUUGCAGCUCCUGCUUGUCUCGCGUUAUUGUUUAUAUCCCGCAAUGCUGUGGAAGAAAACAAGGAGUCAGGGUAGGUAUGCUUAGUUGUAAUAUUAGGUUUGACAUUGAACGCUUCUAUAAUCUUACUGCUGCUGAUACCACAACAACAGGAAACAAUAGUAAUUCAUCUGAAACAACUAUUAUCAUAUCCAUCUCGGCUACUGCUUUUGCUCUAUUUCUCAUUUCCGGCUGCAUCUUCAUUAUUUUAAGGUUGAGGAACCCAAAGCUGAAACCUCGAGAGCAUGAAGCAACUGAAGCAGUGGAUGAAAUAAUAACUGAAGAGUCUUUACAAUAUGAUUUCAACAUCAUUACAGCCGCAACAGAUCACUUUUCUGAUGCAAAUAAGCUUGGACAAGGUGGAUUUGGAGCAGUUUAUAAGGGCACACUUGCUGGUGGAAAAUUAAUAGCAGUGAAAAGGUUAUCUUCAGAUUCUACACAAGGAGACCUUGAAUUCAAAAACGAGGUUCAGUUAAUGUCCAAUCUUCAGCACAGGAAUUUAGUUAGGCUCCAAGGUUUCAGCCUUGAAGGAAAAGAAAGGCUUCUCAUCUAUGAGUUUGUGCCUAAUGGAAGUUUGGAUAAAUUCUUAUUUGAUCCAGUUAAGAAAGCGUAUUUGGAUUGGGAAAGACGAUACAAAAUCAUAGAAGGUGUUGCUCGUGGACUUCUCUACCUUCAUCAAGAUUCUCGACUAAGAAUUAUUCAUCGAGAUCUCAAAGCUGGCAAUAUAUUGUUAGAUGCAGAGAUGACGCCCAAAAUUGCAGAUUUUGGGACGGCAAGAUUGUGUGCUAUCGAUCAAACUCACGGUGCUACCAGUAGAAUUAUGGGAACAUAUGGAUACAUGGCCCCUGAAUAUGUAAUGCAUGGGCAAUUUUCGGUUAAAUCAGAUGUUUUUAGUUUUGGUGUAUUGAUUUUGGAGAUUUUAAGUGGUCAAAAGAACAAGAUUUUAAAUGGGGGUGAUAUAGAGCAUCUUCUAAACUUUGCAUGGAGAAAUUGGGAGACUGGGACAGCAUUUGAUCUUGUAGGUCCCAAUUUGAGGGAUGGAUCCAGAAGUGAGCUAAUGAGAUGCAUCCACAUUGGGUUGCUUUGUGUUCAAGAAAAUGUAGCUCAAAGACCAAACAUGAGUGCGGUUGUGCUAAUGCUUACUAGCUACUCUACCACUCUCCCACUACCCUCUGAACCUGCAUUUCUUAUGCACAGCAAAACUCAAUCAGGGAUUAAACUCUCAGGGGCAACAGCAUUAGGUCGAUUCCGAGACGAAAUUGCGGUAGCCUCACAAAAUCAGGUUUCCUGUUGAAGUUAGUUCCCAUGCAACGAGUGUAGUAGCAAUCGUUGCCAUGCAACUCACAUGGAGCAAAGAAGCAGCACAUGCAGAUCGUGAUAAAAGGCAGCAGCUGGAGCCUAUGAAUGCUGUCCAAAUUCAACCUAUUUUGUUGCUUUGUAACUUAGUUCUUUUAGAAAUUAGUUGGUAAAUCUUUUGAUGUAAUUUUAGAUGUUGAUUGACUAAAAUUCAGCAAAGCAACUAGUACAAGCUAGUUUAGCAAUUUACAAUGUAUUUAGUGGUGUUAGGUAAGUGUUUAGGUAGCAUUUUGACUUGUAAAAUCAACUUAUGCAUGAUAUAUGUAAUGGCAACUUGCCAAUACUUGGUUAAUGAAAAAUCAGUUUGUUUUUCA